UCGAGGUCCCCGGACCACGGUUUGGAAACCACUUUAGCAGCCCGUCCUCUCUUUGCACCUCCUCAGUAGUGACUUCAGCCUCAGUUGGAGGGGGAGGAGCAGGCUGGGAGGCUCUGCUCCGCUCCCAUGUCGAUGUUGGUUGUUUGUGAGGGUGGCAGCACGGUGCGUGGAUAGGGACACAAUGUGAAAGGAGGGUUGCCGACUGGCCUACCAGCACGCUUCUUGGGGAAUGUUGCAACUUUUUUUUGGGUACCGAAAGCGCGGCUGAAUGGCGAAGAUUUCUGAUGCGUAUUCGCCGAUUGUUGCUGGACAUAUGGCUGUAAGGACCAGCUCGGUUCGUGUUGUGCGCAAAGACUCGUCUUCCUGAGCGACGGUCAGCCAGGAUGCUGGAGCUCGUCUGAGAGAGCACCCCAGUCGUGUGGUCUUUCUCUGAAACCCCCGUCCCCCCCUUUUUUUUUUUUAAACGAAGUUCUUCUGCGGCGACGAGGUGCCAAUUUCAAACUCUUUCUUUUUUACCCAUGAACUUCUAAAAAUGGUGUUCUUUGCUUUGUCGUCGGCUCGUAACAAACCUGGAUAACGAAAGGUUUUGCUGCGUGACAACACCCCAACACGACCAGCGUUACUUUCCUUUGAGGCACAUCUGCCCCGGGGUUUAUUCAGCUGUGGAGAUUUGAAUAAGCAAUUGAUGCAUCUCGGGGUAUCUGAGUCCAUGAGAGAGUGCGAGUACAGCCAAAUAAGCACUCGCAGCUCCACACCAAUGGAGACCCCUUACAAGAAAAGGACGCCAAAGAAGAGGAAGUGGGAGUCCUUCCCUGGUCGGAAUAAAUUUUACUGCGAUGGGAGGAUUAUGAUGGCCAAGCAGACAGGGGUUUUCUACCUCACCCUUGUCCUCAUUCUAGUGACUUGUGGACUUUUCUUCACCUUUGAUUGUCCAUUCCUGGCCCUGCAGUUGACCCCAGUUAUCCCAGUCAUAGGAGGUGUGCUGUUUCUAUUUGUACUGGGGACGCUCCUGAGGACUAGCUUCAGUGACCCAGGUGUGCUGCCCAGGGCCACCCCUGAUGAAGCGGCUGACCUGGAGAGGCAAAUAGAUGUGGCUAAUGGCAGUACUGGCUACAGGCCCCCUCCCAGGACCAAGGAGGUGGUCAUCAACGGCCAGACAGUCAAGCUGAAGUACUGCUUCACCUGCAAGAUCUUCAGACCACCACGUGCCUCCCACUGCAGCCUCUGUGACAACUGUGUGGAGCGUUUUGACCACCAUUGUCCGUGGGUGGGGAACUGCGUGGGAAGGAGGAACUACCGUUUCUUCUACAUGUUCAUCCUCUCGCUCUCCUUCCUCACCAUUUUCAUCUUCGCCUUCGUCAUCACACACAUCAUUUUGCGCUCCCAUCAAAGCGGGUUCCUCAACGCACUUAAAGAUAGUCCUGCCAGUGUGCUGGAGGUGGUGGUGUGUUUCUUCUCUGUCUGGUCCAUUGUGGGCCUCUCAGGCUUCCAUACCUACCUAAUCAGCUCCAACCAGACUACCAAUGAAGAUAUAAAAGGGUCUUGGUCUUCUAAAAGAGGGAAAGACAACUACAACCCCUACAGCCAUGGCAAUAUAUUCACCAACUGCUGUGCAGCACUGUGUGGACCCCUGCCACCGAGUCUCAUUGACAGACGGGGCUUUAUCCAAUCAGACGCACCACAGCUGGCACCACCAACCAAUGGCAUCACUAUGUAUGGCGCCACUCAGUCUCAGCAGAGCCACAUGUGUGACCAAGACCAGUGCAUUCAGAGCACCAAAUUCGUUUUGCAGGCCGCCGCCACACCUCUCCUCCAGCAGCAGAGUAGCGAGCCAGUCAUCCUGACGGCCACCUCUGAAGACGGAGGCUCUCUACCCGGCCGCACCUCCCUCGCCCUGGGCGGCCCGUGCACCUCACUCCCCCUCGGCCAGCCCACGCCUCCGACGUCCACCCCCAGCCUCAGCUGCCACGAGGCCAACGACAUGCUGCCAAUGCACGGACACAGCCACACACACAACCACAGCCACCCCCUCCAGGAGCCGGUGGGCCACCACCACUUUCUUACCCCAGAGGAAGUGCCCUCGCCACCAGGUAUGCUUCCUUGCGGCAGCCCCCUGGGUCACAGCCACACCAUGCAGGCCGGCUUCUACAACCCAGCCAGCCAGGACUCACUACAUGAGGACUCUGUGAGAGGAUUGGUAAAGCUCAGCUCCGUCUGACAAAGGGAUGUAUACCACCUCCUCCCUCCUGAAAACAUGCAUCCAGCCCAUGAAACCC